CUCAAUUUUGCAAUAACACCUUUUCAACGUUAUGAUGGCUAGAAUGACUUCCCCAAAUCUUCUCUUGUUAUCUUUCUCUCUCCUUGCUUGUUUCCUUCCAUCUCCAUGUAGUAGUAGUAGUAGUGGUGGAGAGAAAGAAGAUGGUACUAAGAUCAAAGGAAUGUUUGUGUUUGGGAGCUCACUGGUUGACAAUGGAAACAACAACUAUCUCCAAGAAUCAAUGGCCAAGGCUGACUACUUGCCAUAUGGAAUAGACUUCCCUCUUGGUCCUUCUGGAAGAUUUACUAAUGGCAAGAAUGUGAUUGACCUUUUGGGUGAUCAACUCAACCUUCCUUCAUAUAUUCCACCAUUCACCAAUCCAACAACAAAGGGGAGUAGGAUCAUUCAUGGUGUCAACUAUGCUUCUGGUGCUUCUGGUAUUCUUGAUGAUACUGGUUCUCUUGCAGGCCAAGUGAUAAGUUUAAACCAACAGAUCAAAAACUUUGAGGGAGUGACACUGCCUGAUUUGGAGAGGCAGCUGGGGUGCAAGAGCAGCGAAUCAUUGCCCAGUUACUUGAUUGUGGUGGGAACUGGUGGGAACGAUUACACAUUCAAUUACUUUAUGAGGAAAUCCAGCAUCAACAACAACAAUGUGAGUCUUGAAGCUUUCACUGUCAAUCUCAUCACCACCCUCUCUGCCCAACUCAAGAGAUUGUAUGAAUUGGGUGGUCGAAAAUUCGUGUUAAUGUCGCUGAAUCCAAUAGGGUGUAGUCCAAUGGUGAAUGCAAGGCUACCAAUGAGAAAGGGCUGUGCACAAAAGCUGAACUUGGCAGCUCAUCUCUUCAACACCCAUUUGAAGUCUUUGGUAGAUCUCAUCAAGCCUCACAUGCCUGGCUCUAACCUGGUGUAUGUUAACUCUUACAAGAUCAUUAGAGAUAUCAUCAAAAACCCUACUUCCAAAGGUUUUAGGGAUGCUAGCAAUCCUUGUUGUGAAGUAGCAUCAAUAAGUGAAGGUGGAAGUGGAGUUUUAUGCAAAAGAGGAGGGACAACAUGUGCAAAUAGGACGAUCCUCGUGUUUUUUGAUGGGUUGCAUCCAACAGAAGCAGUGAAUGAUCUGAUUGCAAGAAAUGCUUAUGCUUCCAAUCUCCAAACUCAAGUUUAUCCCAUUAAUGUCAAACAACUAGCUCAAAUUUAGGUUUCUUCUCCUCUAAUAAGUUGUGUUGGUUUCUCCCAAUCUUGAACAAUGUAUGCUUAGUUGGUACCAUGGUUAAUUAUCAAUGUAUCUCUCUCCCUAUCUCUCUCUACAAAAGGCAAUAAGGAUUUUUCUCUUCAAUCCUAUAAAUGGACUGGAGGUUCCACUUAA